UUUCAAACAAACCGUAUUCAAACUUAAUCCUAACCUACACAGUCACAAGGAUGAUAUUGAUGAUGAUGCUGAAAUGGUGUCCAAACUUUGUUUGGAUUCUUGCUGGGUGGAGUUUCUUUCCGUCCACUUCUGAAAAAGGAAAAAUCAAACAAAGUUAAAAGGUGAUUUUGGGUUUGCAUUUAAUGGCGGUUCAGUGUAAGACGUAGAAUCAUCGCUCGUGAUUGGAGGUGAUAUUUAAUACAGCGUUAAAUUGGCCAACUCUUACUUGAAGUUGCUCAAAUUAGUUUUCUACUGGUGUUCUUGGAUCCUCGAAGAAGAUGGAGUUGCGAAUUUAAUUUCAAAGCCCACUGUGAGUUUCUUGUUUUCUUCUGCGUUAUCAGACGGCGAUGGAAGUUCAAGCUCAUCGGCGGUAUUUGCUACUUGUAGUCGUAUUGUUGUUAAUUCAGUUUGGUUUAGGUCAGAAGGAGUGGUUGAACUCCAGUACAGAGUGGACGGCGUUACUCUAUCUCAGGUCAUCGUUAGGGUUAAGAAGCAGAGAUUGGCCAAUAAAAGCCAACCCCUGUUCCGAUUGGAGUGGAGUUAAGUGCAAAGGUGGUCGAGUUGUUGGGAUCACUGUGUCGGGUCUGAGGCGAACUCGGAUUGGACAGGUCAGCCCUCGUUUCGCCGUCGAUGCGCUAGCUAAUUUUACCUCCUUGGUUUUGUUCAAUGCCUCUGGGUUUUUGCUUCCUGGGUCCAUUCCGGACUGGUUUGGUCAGUCUCUCGUUGAGCUUCAAGUGCUUGAUCUACGCUCCUCUUCGAUUGUUGGCUCAAUUCCUUCCUCUAUUGGCAAUUUAAGUAAGCUUACCGAUCUUUAUUUGUCUGGUAAUAGUCUUACUGGGAUUAUGCCUUCGGCUUUAGGACUGUUAUCUCAACUAUCUGUUCUUGAUGUCUCGAGAAAUCUGCUUACUGGGUCAAUACCUCCAUUUCUUUCAUCACUUAACAAUCUCAGACGGCUUGAACUUGCCUCGAAUUUUUUGUCUGGACCUAUCCCACCCAGUAUAAGCACUCUUAAGAAACUGCAAUUGUUGGAUCUUUCGGACAAUAGUUUAACGUCCUCCGUACCAAGUGAAUUGGGUAACCUAUCAGAAUUACUAGUGCUUGAUCUCGGUAAGAAUUCACUGACGGGUGCGCUCCCUGUGGAUUUGAGGGGGUUGAGGAAUUUGGAAAAGAUGAAUAUUGGAGAUAAUGGCUUAGAGGGUCCUUUGCCGGUUGAUUUGUUUCGAAGCCUUGCUCAGUUGGAAAUUUUGGUUUUGAGAGGAAAUAGACUUGAUGGCCGUCUGAAUCAUGACUUGUUAUCACACCCCAAAUUGAAGUUUCUUGAUGUAUCCAACAAUAAUUUUACGGGUUUCUUGCCAAGUUUUGUGCCAAACAGUGUGGUUGUAUUCAACUUCUCAAAUAAUGUUCUUUAUGGUCAUUUAAAUCUACCGCUUGAAUUGCAUGGGUCAAUCGAUUUAUCUGGAAAUUAUUUCCAGGGAGUCGUAGUCAACAAGAGUCCUGAUGCUAUCCUCAGUGGAAACUGUCUGGAUAUGGAGCCAGAUCAAAGAAAUUUUGAGGCAUGUAGCCUCUUCUACUCUGAAAGAACCUUAACUUUUGAAGGUUUUAAAAAUGGAAAUCCAGACGAAAUGAAGCGUGGUCAUGUUAGAAACAGUCGCUUAAAGUUCAUAAUGGUAGGACUAUUUGGUGGGUUGGGCUUUGUUGUUAUUUUUGUGCUUAUCCUCGUAGUGCUCUUGAAAUUUUGUGGUAAAGGUGAAGCAAAUAAAAAAGGAAAAGCAAAUGUAGGUCCUGUUCCAGAUGGAGACAGCCCUUCAUUUCCAAAGGAUCCAAUCUACUUUGCUGGUUUGGGGGAUUCAUUUACUUACGAGCAGAUGCUCCACAGUACUGGGAAUUUCAGCGAACACAAUCUCAUAAAACAUGGUCACUCUGGAGAUCUCUAUAAAGGGUUCCUGGAGGGUGGCCUUCCUGUAGUGGUUAAAAAGGUAAAUAUGCAGUAUUUGAAGAAUGAAAUGUACUCUCUGGAACUAGACUUUUUCAGCAAAGUAUCGCAUAUGAGACUUGUUCCAUUCCUGGGGCACUGCUUUGAGCGCGAGGAUGAGAAGCUCUUGGUGUACAAAUGUAUGCCAAAUGGGGACUUGGCUAAUUGCUUGCAUAACAUUUCCUGUUCAGAAGAUGACAACGUGCAGUCCCUUGAUUGGAUUAUCAGAUUGAAAAUAGCAAUAGGAGCUGCCGAGGUCCUAUCUUACCUGCAUCAUGAGUGUAACCCUCCUGUCGUGCACAGGGAUGUUCAAGCAAGCAGUAUCCUCCUCGAUGACAAAUUUGAAGUGCGUCUUGGAAGCUUGAGUGAGGCAUGUGUUCUAGAUGGGGAUCAGCAUCAAAAUGUCUUCACGAGAUUGCGGAGAAAGCCACAAAGCUCUGAACAAUGCUCUUCUGGCCCCUCACCAGCAUCAUGUUCGCAAGACAUUUACUGUUUUGGUAAAGUGUUAUUAGAACUCGUAACGGGAAAGCUUGGUAUCAGCAAAGCAGAAGAUUCUACAACAAAGGAGUGGUUGGAACACACCUUAUCUAACAUAAGUAUCCAUGACAAGGAACUCGUAACAAAGAUAGUCGAUCCAUCGUUAAUGAUAGACGACGAUCUUUUGGAAGAGGUUUGGGCAAUGUCGAUCAUCGCCAAGUCGUGCCUAAACCCCAAACCAUCUAGACGACCCCUCAUGAGAUACAUCCUUAAAGCAUUGGAAAAUCCAUUGAAAGUAGUUAGGGAAGAAAGCUCUAGCUCCGGCAGGUUGCGCACAACUUCAUCAAGAAGAUCUUGGAGUGCUGCUUUUCAUGGUAGCUGGAGACACAGCUCAUCAGAUGUAAAUAGAGAAAGUGGCAGUGGUUCUAAACAAGGAGGAAGAAUAAGCUCCCAUGGCAGCUGUGGAUAUGAUUUCUCGUCUUCAAAUAAAAGGCUAUCCAAUGAAAUAGUCCCCGAACCAGAAGAAUUUCGAGACGUUGAGAACUAAGGUUGAACAUCUGCACCAACUUUUAAGGCUUCUGUAUUGAUGCGGAGCCAAGAACAGGCUCCAUUUUGAACAUAAUUGCUACACAUCAGAUAAAAUGUGAACAUUACUGAAAGGAGAAGGCUGCUGCUCCAAAACGGACCUCCUAGGUUAAGAAGGUGAAGCUUAAAUUCUCCUACAAUGGAAUUUGAUUGCUUUUUAAUAGAGUUGAAAUGGCUGGAAAUUUCGUUGGAAGGUAUGGAGCAAAAUGCUUCGGCUGAUCACCAUUUGGUUUCUUGUGUCAAUAAAAAAAUAAACAAUAAAUGGAAAUCUAGAAAGUAGGAACUUAAGAUUGUAACUACAAAUUACUAUUGUUAUCAAAGAAAAGACACUACUGAUAUCAUGAAAUUUAUUGGUAAUGAUUUUGUAAUUGUUUUCAGGAGAGAUUUUGUGAACCAACUCUUAAUCUUUUGAGUUUGAUUGAGAAUUUAAUUGGUAUUUUAAGGGAGAA